AACUGUAAGUGUAAUAUAUUUACUGUUUACAUAAAUGUUCGUAUGAGUUUUAUGGCUCUGUCCGUGGACAUCUCGCGAGACUUGAGUGUGAACUAAUGCCAGCGGAAGUACUUUACGAGUCUCUUUUCCGCCGGCCAUAGAGGAGCAAACGGCAGGCAUCAUGAAGCUGAACCCAUUUGUAACAUCCUCCCGCCGCAAGAACCGUAAGAGGCACUUCAAUGCCCCCUCACACAUCAGGAGGAAGAUCAUGUCUUCCCCCCUGUCCAAGGAGCUCCGCCAGAAGUACAACGUGAGGUCCAUGCCCAUCCGCAAAGAUGACGAAGUCCAGGUUGUCCGUGGACACUACAAAGGCCAGCAGAUUGGCAAAGUUGUGCAAGUCUACAGGAAGAAGUACGUCAUCUACAUUGAGCGUGUGCAGAGAGAGAAGGCCAACGGAACCACAGUCCAUGUCGGCAUCCACCCCAGCAAGGUGGUCAUCACCAGGCUAAAGCUGGACAAGGACCGCAAGAAGAUCCUGGAACGCAAGGCCAAGUCUCGCGCUGAUGGAAAGGAGAAGGGCAAAUACAAGGAGGAGACUAUUGAGAAGAUGCAGGAGUGAAAAUGAUCUUUUGCUAUCAAUAAACUGUGUAAAUGGAAA